UUGAAAUACAAAAACUUAUCUCGAGGUUAGAUGGACGCGCUGCUUAGACCUGAAUUACACGAAUCGCAGUCUCUGGCUGACUGGCGAAUAAGAAAGUGUGCAGCAUUGUGUCUCGAGCUGGUUUCGAGAUGAAUGUCGCGUUCGUGACACAGCUAUUAGCCGUGUCGAUCUUAUCAGAAUUCCUGGUAACGAAAGUUGUUGCUUUCUUCUUCUCGUCGCUACUGUCCAAACCGACCACGAAUACGAACCUUCCGACUGCGAUAAAACUCAAGAAUGAAGACGUGGAUUUUCGGGACAACGAGUAUCGUCGUCGUCCAGAAAACAACCGAAAGCCUCAUAUCAUCGUUAUUCUUGCUGAUGAUAUGGGUUGGAACGACGUAAGCUUUCACGGAUCCGAUCAAAUUCCCACGCCAAACAUCGACGCUCUCGCGUACAACGGCAUCAUCUUAAACAAUCAUUACGUUCCUGCGUUGUGCACGCCAAGCAGAGCCGCCUUAAUGACUGGAAAAUAUCCAAUUCAUCUCGGGAUGCAACAUUCCGUAAUUUUUCCAGCCGAACCGCGUGGUCUUCCCCUAAAAGAGAAACUGCUGCCCCAACACCUGAAAGAAGCAGGCUACAAAACACACGCCGUUGGCAAAUGGCACCUAGGAUUUUUCCAAAAAGAAUACACUCCGACGUUUCGCGGGUUCGAUUCCCACUUUGGUUAUUGGAACGGGCUUCAAGAUUAUUACACGCACUUUACCCAGGAACCGGAUCCGCAAUUCAGCACUUUCAGAGGAUUCGACAUGAGACGAAAUCUCACAGUUGCUUGGGAGACUUCGGGACAGUAUUCCACGGAUCUGUUCACGAAAGAAGCGGUACGAUUAAUCAACAAACACGACACGAAUCAGCCGAUGUUCCUAUAUCUGGCUCACCUGGCCCCCCACAAGGGUAAUCAGAAUCAGCUUUUGCGGGCACCGGACGAGGAUAUCGCCAGGUUCGCGUACAUCCUCGAUCCGGAAAGAAGAAUCCAAGCUGCCGUUGUUUCAAAAUUAGACCAGAGCGUCGGCGAGGUGAUGGACGCCCUGAGGAGUCGUGGAAUGCUAGAAAACAGUAUAGUGCUUUUCAUGAGCGACAAUGGCGCCCCGACCGACGGUUUGCUGAGCAAUCAGGGCAGCAAUUAUCCUCUUCGUGGCAUGAAGGACAGUCCGUGGGAGGGCGGGACCAGAGGGGUGGCGGCCAUUUGGAGUACCCUGAUCAAGAAAAAGAAAAGAGUUUCUAAUCAGAUGAUGUUCGUGUCCGAUUGGCUCCCUACGUUGCUCUCCGCGGCGGGAGUGGAUACGAGACACCUGGGGAACAUCGAUGGAUUUGAUCUAUGGUCGGCUCUGGUGUCGGACAAGAUCAGUUCUAGAUCCGAAAUACUGAUCAAUAUCGACGACCUCGAUAAUUACGCUGCUAUCAGACGUGGCGAUUUCAAGUACGUUAUUGGGCAAACGGAAACUGGCGGGGCGUGGGUUGGAGCCAGCGGAGAACCGUCCGAAGGUACUUCUCCCGAAUACGAUCUUAACAAAGUGCUGCGGAGCAAAGCGGGCGUCGCCAUUGCUGGCGUUAUCACCGCCAGACAAGCCACGGAACUGAACGAAAGAAGAAAACGGAACGUAAGAAACGUCAACGAUGCCGCUUUGAGAACGAAUUUCCGGGAGAAGAUACUCACCGGCGAUAACGUAUUGGAACUGCGACAAAGAGCGCGAAUAAAAUGCAAUGUCAAAGAGGAGGACAAGAUUAUUUGUAAUCCAAUGAGAGCACCCUGCCUAUUUAAUAUAAAUAAGGAUCCUUGCGAGAUGGUGAAUCUGGCUGAAAAAAGGCCAGUAAUUUUAGCAAUCUUGGAAAGGAUUUUAACGAACUACAGAGUUACCGCCAUACCACCUAGCAAUCUGGAUGGAGAUCCCAGAGCAAACCCAGCACUGUGGAAUAACACUUGGACCAGUUGGGACGAACCUAACCCCCUAGCGUUGAGUUAUACAAACGGGAAUGAAUUUCAACCAUAUUCUGGCCCGGCCGUCGCACUAAUGUCUAUCAUUGUUGGUAUUUUCAUUGUUGCGGUAAUUAUGCUGUUGGCCAUCAAGUUUGGAAAGUCUGGUAGCAUAGACAAUUUUAAGUAUCAAAAUGGGCACGACGCGAUUGUUUCCGCAACAACCAGCAACGAAGAAUCAUUUCCCAUGUCCAAAAUGGGAGAAACCGUCGAACAAACCAGCACCUUUAAGCACGAAGAAAUAAAUUGAUUUAUGCAACGAGUUACACGAGGCCUAGAUCUCUUUUAAUUAUCGUAAAGAUAUAUUACACCAAGUUAACACAGAAUCUUUAAUACCCUCUCUAAUAAUCAUUUUUUACUUCUUUUUUUAAACACUCUUAUCUCGUGUAAUUUCGUUCAAUUUCUAAUCAUGAAAUGUAUAAUCCACAUGGUAUACGCUAAUGUUAUACCAUCGAUAGGAUGAUCCCGAUAGGGUAAAAAAGAUUCUAAUCGCCAAGUACCGCUUGCUCCGUAAGUUUGUCGUACUUUAUUUUAUACGACAUUCGUAUUAUUGAAAAGUGAAACUUAUGCACGCAUGACGAACAAUUGAUAGAAUUUAUGAAAGAAAACAAAUGUUUUUUAAGAUGAAUAUAUGGGAAAAGAUUGCUAGUCUCGUCGCGUGCGCACGAAUGGACUUAACG